GUUUCUUACAGGAAGAAGAAGGCCUUUUCGAAAGUAACUUGCUGCUUUUUUGUUUUUAUUGUUUACGCGCGGCGCCGCUGCUAUUUAUGAGCUUUCCAGGGAUUUAAUCAAAACAAGUCUUUUUAACCACAGCUAUGACGGUUUAAAUAUUAAAACACAAACAACCGGAGCCCUGUUGGUCAUUCCAGGACGGAGAGAUGGCCAUCGCACAUGUGGCUACAGAGUACGUGUUCACGGACUUCCUGCUGAAGGAGCCGAACCAGGCUCGGUACCGCAGCGUCCGGACCGAGCUGGCCGUGGACAAGAUGGUGACCUGUGUGGUGGUGGGGCUGCCGCUCCUCCUCAUCUCGCUGGCCUUCGCUCAGGAGGUCUCAGUCGGGACUCAGAUCAGCUGUUUUUCUCCCACUAACUUCUCGUGGCGUCAGGCUGCUUACGUGGAUUCUUACUGCUGGGCGGCUGUUCACACACACACCUUCCAUCUGUGGUUACACAAGUUCUUUCCCUACGUCCUGCUGCUGGUGGCGGUCCUCAUGUACACCCCAGCAUUGAUCUGGAGGUUCGUGGCGGCGCCGCUGCUGCAGUCGGACCUGGGCUUCAUCAUGGAGGAGCUGGAUCGCUGCUACAACAACGCCGUCACUCUGGCCAAACGCCUGGCCACAUCGGGCCUGCUCACCUCGGACAGCGAGCUGACGGAGGGCUGUUUCAGCUACCCGCUGGUGGAGAAGUUCCUGCUGACCAAGCGCUGCUCGCGGCGGCUGCUGUCCUGCUACCUGCUGUGCCGUGGCCUGACGCUGCUCAUCCUGCUGCUCGCCUGCCUCUACCUGGGCUACUACCUCCACAUGGCCUCCGUCACCGACGACUUCGGCUGCCCCCUGCGAGUCGGACUCCUCGUCAAUGACACCAGCAUCCCUGAAAGGGUGCAGUGUAAGCUCAUCGCUGUGGGAGUCUUCUAUUUGCUCAGUCUGGUCAACUUGAUCGCCUUCAGUUUACUCUUCCCCGUCAUCAUCUACGCUGGGCUCCGCCCCCUCCUCUUCCAGGGAUACGCCCACUUCCUGGAGACCUACCAGUCCCUCCCCACGGUGAGCGUCCUGCCCAAACCCGACGGCCACUGGGACGAUCUCUCGCUCUACCUGCUCUACCUGGAGGAGAACCUCAGCGAACUCAAGUCGUACAAAUACAUGAAGGUGUUGGAGAUGUUGAGGAAACGAGACGAGCGCUCCGGAGAGCACUUCGACAGCAUGGGCCUGCUGAAGACGCUCUGCCUGGUGAAGAUGGACGCCAUGGACGGGAAGAAACCCGCCGAGGUGAAACUGGACGAAGUCAAGCUGAACGCCGAGGACGGAGCGAAGAGCGGCGGCGGCGCCGGCAGUCCGAACUCUGAAAACAACUCUAAGAUGGAAACGGAGAUGCGAGAGUUAAGUCCCUUGUUGCCGGGCAGCGGCAGAUCCGAAGAGGGCGGGACUCUUCGUCAGCGAGCGAUGUGAUUGGCUGCAGCGGAGCUUGGCGUGACGACGGUGUUCGAACGGUUCGAGGAUGUGGCGCCGACUGACGCUGAGUCCCUUCAGAGCUUCAGAGGCGGAAGAACAAAGAGGGGACGACUAAAAACUGAAACUAGUGCUGGAACAGAUUCACUUCCACAGAUUAUAUUUGAAACAGGAUGUUUAAAACCACAAAUAUAAAACAGCUUGAAUCUUAAUGAGAUAUACGACUAGUUGUAACAUUAGACAUUAUUUGAUAAACUUUUACCAACACUAUAAAAACAAGACAGAAAAAAUACUGUAGGCUCUUCAGUUUUUAUAAAUUUAAAAGGUAUAUCGUCACACUGACAUAGAAGGCUUUAACCCUUUAUCUUAGCUUUGACUUUAGCUCUUAAACAAAUAUAUGGUGAAAUUAGAUAGAUAGAUAGAUAGAUAGAUAGAUA